CCUGCCCCGUCCGUGGCUCCAACCUGCGGAGCCCACGUUCUUCCGGGGGCGCGCGCGCCUGUGCGGGUGCGUGCGUGAGCGUGCGUGAGCGUGCGCGUCCCCGCCGCCUGUGCCGGUGCUGCUCCCGCGCCCUCUGCCGCCGCGGCCCCUGCCCCGCCGCCGCAGCCGCCGCCGCUCGGGGUCCCCCAGACGCAGCCCCGGCUGAGGACCGCGUCGGCCGGCUGCCCAGCAGCGCCGCGGAGCUGAGGAGCGGAGCCGCGGAGCCGGCGGGAGGGCGGGCGGGCGGACAGAUUAGCCUACCAUGGCCGACCAGAGACAGCGCUCACUCUCUACCUCUGGGGAAUCACUAUACCAUGUUCUGGGGCUGGACAAGAAUGCAACCUCAGAUGACAUUAAAAAGUCCUAUCGGAAACUUGCCUUGAAGUACCACCCUGACAAGAACCCCGAUAACCCAGAGGCUGCAGACAAGUUUAAGGAGAUCAACAACGCCCACGCCAUCCUGACGGACGCCACAAAAAGAAACAUCUACGACAAGUACGGCUCGCUGGGGCUCUACGUGGCCGAGCAGUUUGGGGAGGAGAACGUGAACACCUACUUCGUGCUGUCCAGCUGGUGGGCCAAGGUGCUGUUCGUCGUGUGCGGCGUGCUCAGCUGCUGCUACUGCUGCUGCUGCCUGUGCUGCUGCUUCAACUGCUGCUGCGGCCGCUGCAAGCCGCGCGCGCCCGCCGGCCCCGACCCCGGCGUCUACGUGUCCCCCGAGGACCUGGAGGCGCAGCUGCAGUGCGACGAGCGGGAGGCCGCGGACUCGCCCAUCGUCGUGCAGCCGGCGUCCGCCACAGAGACCACCCAGCUCACGGCCGACUCCCACCCCAGCUACCACACCGACGGGUUCAACUAAGCCCAGGAGCAGCUGCGACGGAGGACAGCUCGGCCCCCGGCCGCUUCACCCGUAGAACCACGGAGCGUAGUCCCAGAGAUGGGGAGGGGGGCAGCUGCCGGCCCCCGCGGCCCUUCCCACCUCUGCGCCCCGCCCGCCCGCCCGUCG